AUGGAUGGUUUGUACCUGAAAAUAACACAAGAAUUUACCCCUGACCGAAAAGAAGCGAGGUUCGGUGGGAAAGAAGCACCGAUGGCGGUUGAAAAAGGUGAUAUUAUUUUCGACGUUCGCAAGCUCGGGGAUGGAUGGUUGUGUGGGAAGAAUAUAAACAGCGGAAAAACAGGAAAAUUCCCCGAAAAUUGCGCGGCCAAACUUUCGGGAAGUAAGAAUGGAAACCCUGAAUCCGACAAGAAAGAUGAAAAACCUGCUGAAAAGAAAGACUCAAGCAAGCCCUCGUGGCUUCAAACACGAGCGAGUUCCAACACACCUUCUGCCAAGAAAACGCCUGAAUAUCCUAAACCUUUCGCCGGAAAUAUCAGGACGUCGAGAUUGAAUGACAAAGAAGAGAAAAAGGAAACUUCGGGAGAUUCUGGAGUUGUGGAAGAUUCACCUGAGGGAAAUUAUGACAACGCUCCCGAUGAACCAAAACCAGCGAACCGCGACGCGUUGAAAACCGGAAACAAUGUCAAGGACGAUAAACAGAAGGAACCGAGAUCACUAGCGACAAAUCUUCAGACAGAUCACAAACAGAAGCCAGGAGCAGCCAAAAGGAGUGACCCAGUGAAAGAAGCGAAAGAACCAGGCAAGGCUUCAGGUAGACCUUUUGGAUUAAGUUUGAGGAAAACUCGUGACGCUUUGAAACCGACGGAAUCGGAAACGAAGGCAACUCCGAAGACGGGCACUAAUUCGAGAAAUUUCCCGCGUUCAACCCCCGCUCCACAGAAGGCUUCACAGGAGGAUUUAGAAGAAAAUUACGAACCUGUUGAAAAGAAAAGCGAAGAGAAAGGGCCAUUGCUGUCUAAGGUAGCAACUAAAGCCAGUCAACCGAAGAAGGAAGCGAAAGCAGCUGACGUUAAGGCGGCAAAAAUUAACCCGAUCGAUAACCCGAAGAAAGAAAGCGAGAAAAAUCAAUCAAACGUGACCACUACUGUCGCUGCUGGGGGCGCCGGAGUGAAUAUUCAAGAAAACCCUCUCGGGAAAGACGAAGGCAGUAUUUAUCAAGUUCCUGGUGUCGCUGGGCCGCCAAAACCGAAGCGAAGUUUUCCGUCAGGUUGCUCAGAGUGUAACGAGCCUCACAUCUACGAUACACCGAUGCAUUACCAAACGCCACCCGGGUCUCCGACCGCGGCUGACAAACGAGAUGGGCGCGAAGCAAAGAUCGAGAAACCGAAAGAGGCGAAACGAAAAAGCGGCUCGACAAGUCUGAAGCCAACAUCAUCAGUGAUUAAGAAAACCAAGGAACAUAUAAAACACCGCAUGGCUUCGUACGAGGACAUUGAGUUAGAAGGUAGACGUUCGCAAGAGAGUUUGAAAGAUGCCGAGCACACGGCUAAGCGAGAGAAAGAGAAGCUUCUCACGCCGAAGAAGCGACCCAGGUUGCGCAUUUUACUCGGCAUACUUUUAGGUUUAUUACUGGGUGUGUUCGUUUUCCUAGCGCUAUAUCUCCUGGCCAAACUGCACGUUCUCUUAUGCGCCAUUUCCGCUCUGAUAAUCAGCAUUGUUGUUGCUACAGUGUUCGGGUUCCUCGACAAAACUCGAUUGCAGUGUAUCGUGCUACUCAUUUUCCCGAGCUUGUUUGCUGCAGGCGGAAAAAUUGCGUUGUGGUUGCUGAUCACGUAUUUCAUAAUAUCAGGCCCAGUUUGCAAUUUUAUUAACAACGUACGAAUUGUUGCUGUUAGUAGAGAAUGCUUAAUGAAAAGUGACAGUUUAGCAGACAAUAGCAGCAUUGAUCCGCCUGGAUUUGUCGCCGUGAAUAACAACAAUCGAGCCGUUGUACAGCGAUUGCGGACCUACGAGAACCUCUCCCACACACUUCUGAGUUACAUUAACAACUCUUUGUCGUUUUCAUCAUCUGAUCGGAAUGAUUAUUUAUCUGGACACGACAAUUCGUCAUCUGGGAUAAUUUGCAUGAACGCUCUUCAACGUGCCCACAACAUCUGCUCCUCCGAGAUCAACAGUAUUUAUGAAGAAUGCAGCAAAACACCCGCCUUGAAGACAAAAUGCGAGUUCAUCACUGCAAAGAACGCGUGCGAUCACUUAUCAAACACUUACACGAGAAAUACGUGUGACAACAUAAACACUGUUAAUAUCGACACCUUGUUACAUAUUAAGAAAAUAGUAGAACAAAGCCCCGAGAAAAUCAAAACAAAAGAUGAUAAUGUCACUGCUGUUACACCAGGAGAACUUUGUCAAUUUAUCCGGAUUGUCGAGAUGCUUUUGCCAUUACUUUUAUUGGUUUUAUUUUACGAAGCGUACAGGUAUCACAAGCUCUAUCUCUCUUGCAAUGAAUUUGAUAAUCACUACCUCACGCUUCGGUUCAAAUCCAUCGAAGACAUGCGCAAGUCGAGCGGCGCCGCUGACUUACUGGUACCGCUGAAGAAGGCUGAGCUUGAGAAGUUUGUUCAGCCCACUGCUUGCCGGCUGGCAGAGUCUGAGAAGAAAAACGUGCUGAAAUACCUGCUAAUUUACCUGAUUUACUUGCUGUUUGCGCUGAUGUUCAUUUUACUAGAUCAUUUCUUCUAUGUUGUUAUCACUCACCGGGAACCGCCGUCCAAUACAGCUGAAGAGUGUCAUGGAAAACUGAAGAGUCCUCAAGAGUUUUACACUAUCACUUUGUCAACUCUACUUGGAGUGUUACUGCUGAUUAUAUUGCUUCAACCGUUCGCGCUUCGCUUGCGUCGCUUGAUCUCUUCGCGAUUCUACCCUAGAAGAGAGAAAAAACGCAUUGCCUAUCUGUAUUACAAACUCCUCGAAAAGCGCAAGACGUUUUACAAAUCUGUCAUUGAAAACAUGAAUAACUUCUCAGAGGAAACUGAAAUUCUUAAUAGACUUGAUGCAGUUUUGGUUCUCUGCAACAAUUUUAGCUGGUUAAAAACAGUGCUAGAGUUCGUAGGAGUGAACAUUCGCCGAUGCGCUGUUUGCGGAGCAGGAGUAAAUAGGAAGUAUAUUUUCUGUGAUACUGAGGACUGUGACGUCAUCUACUGCCGAACGUGUUUCUGGGACCUGGAAAAUAAGUGUCUAGGUUGUAUGAGUAGUAGCAAGAUGACGUCACGAUCGUCGAGUUUGAGUGGCCAAUCACAAAGGAAAAAGAAUGAUUACGUUAAACCUGUGUAAAGCUUAAUGAGUAGCCGAAGACAUUUGCAGAUAUAAAUAUUGAUCAAGUCGAUUUAAUUAUUCCAAGGAGAAACUGCAAUUUACUUGCCAACAUUUAAUCGAGCCUAAACUCAAAAUGGCAUAGCGCUCGUGCAUUAAAGAAGUCUUAUUGAAUAUUUAAGAGACGCAGAAACGCUUUUGUGUCCGUCCUAAGAGCAGAGUCGUCGAAAGCAACCACUGAGAGAAACCUUGUUUUUAUUCCACUGUUAUUUAAUGGCAGAGUUAUAACCGUAAACUGAAAUCAUCAAUUAAGUCUCGUUUCGUUACGUUGAAAUUCACUGAGAACAGUCGAACUCUGAAUAUCUGGACUAUUCGGGUCUGGAAUAAAAUUGAUGAGAUAAUAAAAAAUGUGACUUGUAAUACUUAGAUUUCUGACUUGGACGGAAAUAAAACUGAAGAAAUUUAAGCAUGAGCACAAUGUUGUCUUCUUCAAUGUUUAGUGUCUACUUCAUCACUUUUAGGCCACUAUGUUCACACUAUAACCAGGUUUCGUACAGAGUCUUGAAUUCUUAAAAAAGUCUUGAAAUUUGUCCAGCUAUUUUCUUGACCUGGAAAAAAUCUGGGACUAGGGAUAAAGUCUUGAAAAAAUAAAAAAAUGUCUUGAGUUUUUUUGAAAAGGUAAUAAGUGCUUUAAAAGUGAAUUUUUUUUCCGUUUUUGUCAAAUCUUAUUCAACCUCGCCUGUAUGUUAACAGUGCACCACGAAAAAAGCUUUGCUCCUGCUUUGUUAAAGUCUCUAUUGAUCACCUAUUUGAUAAUCUUGAGUCUGGAAAAAGAAAUCAUUGUUUUGGAAAAGGGUCUGGAGAAAGUCUUUAAUUUUGGAUAAAAAAAUCUAAGCGAACCCUUUAUAAAUGAUAGCUUUUGCACGAAAAAUCAUACCAGAUAGGGUUCAGUUCACACACAAGAACGGAGCGAAGCAGCGCCGCGUCGAUCUCUAAAGCGGAGAAUCACCUAGCCUGUGCCAGGCUCUCAGAUAGUAUAGUGUGGACGUAUUAAAAGAGCCUGGAACAGGCUAAGAAUCACCGGCCUAGUCCAGAGGCGUUCUCGGCUCGGUCAAUCCUGGACUCUACCGUAAGCUGUGACGUCAUCCAGAGAGGUAGGCUAGAGAGUCACAUAUCGGAUAGGUGUUCACAUUAUAUCGGAUAGCUUCUCGUCUCGGCACGAAAAGCUAUUCGCUAUAGUGUGAACACAGCCUUAGCGUUUUGCAGGCUCCUUUUAUUUUGAAGAGGAACGUCAGUCUGUUCCCAGUAACGGAUCCAGAGCUUGAGAUAAGGGGGUGGGGGGCGCCGAUCAUCCAGACCCUUAGGUAAAAAGGGGGGCGGUCUCCCAAAAAAAUUUUUUUGGCCCUUCGGCGGCUCUCAGUUUGGUCUAAAAAUAAGAGGGGGCCCGGGCCCCUCCCCUAGAUCCACCACUGGUUUCAUAUAUCUUUACGACAUUUUAACCCUUUCCAUCUCAGAGCGAAUGACUGAGUCUUGCAUGACGUGUGAACGAAAUCCUUUAUUUGAGUGUCAAUGUAUUUAGCACGGAAGUAUUAAUCGGAAACACUAUUUUUACGUCUCCAACUGGAGACGGGACCGCUACUUUACGUGGUCAUCCGAGCCAAAAAGGAAACCUCUUUAGCUGUACUUUUACAAGGUAGUUCUAACUUUUGAGUCUGUGGAUGAAAUCCUUUGGUGUGAUGACCAUUCCGAUGAAACCUCCUUGGCACUCCUUUGACAUGGUGUUAUUUGUUUUUCAACAUUUUUUACAAAGUGAAAUUUGAGUAGUUUUCUUGCUGUUGCAGACGCCGGUGCAAAAAAUUUAAAAGACACCGAACAAUACGUUAACGGUCGUAGACGAUGACACAAAAGCCGGGGAAACAGUUGUUUACUCACCACGUCCCUUCGCAGUGAAUUCUCAAAGACCUGUAUAAUAGCCUAUACAGCGAAACUCAGUGAAGUGCUUGAGUCUGAGGAACCGUUCCUUGACCGUUUCUUUCCAGGAGCCCACGUGAGAGCGGCGGAAAUGAGCCUACAGGUAAUUUUGUUAUUUGAAAGGGUCUUUAAUAACCAAAAUCAAUCUUGUUUUUUUUAUUAUUUGUUAAAUGCUACAAAAGGAUAUUAUGAGUAGGUAUUUGAGAGGGUGCAUAAAAGUGGUAUCUCCAGGUCUCUUUCCCUUCUUUCCAUGUUAGAAAUCGAGUUGACCCUGGGGACGAGGCACCCCUAAUCCCGGGCCCACGAUACAGACCAGCGUCACCUAAAAAUGGCGGACGCCGAAGCUUUCCAAGACCGUGAAAAUCUUAUCAAUCUUUUUGCUUGUUAUGGUAAGGUGUACGCCUGGGAUGUAGAUGAUGUAAUCAAGAUGCGUUCACAGUAUCGCAUAGUUGGCUCUCUGAUAGGAUCGCUACCUCGCAAACCGAGACAAAACAAUGCUUUCUCUUUGCCGCUUCUUCUUUCUCGAGAGGAAACCACGUUGCUGCUAGAUAAAGGUUUCGCCAGAAUCUUUUACAUGCCAAGAAACCUACCGAAACCAUCAAGUGAAUUGGUUGGGAAGUUUAAUGAGCUACGCAAAGAAAGUGUCAUCAAGCAAAAUGAGCAGUUUAAAAAGAUGCAAGAAGAAAAGAGAAAGGAACUAGCUGAUGUAAUAGCUGAUGGCAAGAAAAGAAAACGAGAAAAGCUUGCUAGUAGCACGGCAAAGAAGUCGCAAGAUCAGAGAAAUGAAAAUCAGUUCAAUUUUACUUGUAAUGAAAGCAAUGUGUUUCAACAAAAUGAUGAAGGAAAGGAGAAAAGCAAGCGAAAGAGCGGAGAGGUUACAGUUGAUCACGAAGAUACCAAUCUUGCAAAAAAGCUAAAGAGCGAGGAAUUGAACAAUGAGAGUUUUGAAGCCAAGGAAACUAGUGAGAAGAAAGACUUAAUUCAGUCGAAUGAUUAUUGUAAAAAAAUCAGUAAUGAAAAUGUUAAUGAAAGCUUUGAGGGAUCAUGUGUCAAGUUUAUCACAAAAGAAGCUAAUGAAACAAUCCCGACCAAUGCAAAUGCUGAUCAGGGGAAUCACGGAAAUAAACCUGUGAAUGAGACUGGACUACAAACUACAAUUGAUUCAGAUACUAGUACCAAAGGACUAAACAGUGUUUGUGACAUGGGAAUAUUGGUACAUAUUCCUACGGUUAUGCCGCAAUUGCUGCCUUCAUUUCAACUUGCAGACUGGACAUAUCCUCAAACGAGUUGCGAAAAGCUACGUUACCAGGUGUUUGUAGACCUCUGGGAGAAGGGAUAUUAUUUAACGUCUGGCAUUAAUUUUGGAGGAGAUUUCCUCGCAUAUCCAGGUGAUCCCAUUAGGUAUCACUCCUUUUUCAUCGUAAUUAUUGUUCCCUGGGGGAAGAAAAUUACACCAUUUGAGAUCAUAUCAGCUGGCAGACUAGGGGCUAGUGUAAAGAAAACUGCACUUCUUUGUUCAGUAAGUGAUGAAACAGGCCAGGUUAUAUACACGUCAGUCAAGUGGAGUGGAAUAAGCUGA